CCUGCUGGUUUUCGCGCCUUGAUGUCGAAGAUGCUUCAAGUCCGAGCGAUGUCGGGGCAAGUGCUUUGGGGACCGCAGGAACUGGAUCCCUUGAUGUCCUUAGAGGAGUUGAAGCAGCAGCUGGCAAGGUCCAUGGCCGUGGACUCUGUGGAGCUUCUCUGGGAGGAUGCGCUUCUACCUACGGAUGGCACGCUGUCGAAUGUCUUGGGACGCUGUGAAUGCUUGGUGGAACUGACUCUGGUGCUCCGGGCGGAGGAGUUGCGGCCACAAAUCCCUCCAGGUCUCUAUAUCUCUGAGCUCAACAACCACCGUUUGAGCCGCUGGACCUUGGCGCCUGCCACGACUCCCACGGCCACCGUGGUGCUCGGUGGCCUGGGCCGGGGCCAACAGCUGGGACAACUGGCGGGGCCCCGGGGCAUCUGUGGCGAGGGAGCCAUCUAUGUGGCGGAGCAACAGAAGGUGAGCUGCUGGUAUCCUCAAAGUAAGGGCUUCUGCAUCCCUGGUGACAUCUUCCUUGGCACCAAGACUUUGCCAUUUCUGGAGCCUAGUGGUCUUUGUGUCCAUGAUGGAUGGCUCUAUGUGGCCGAUUCCAAGACGCAUAUGGUGAGUCGCUGGAUGCUGAAAGAUGCCUCGGUCGGACAGCUGGUGGCGGGUGGACAGGGUCCCGGCGACGCCUUGGAGCAGUUGAAUCGCCCCACGGCCGUGGCCGUGGAUGCGGCCGGGCGCGUGUAUGUUUCGGACUUUGGCAACGACCGCGUGGUCCGUUGGCCGGGACAGGGACGGUCGCCGUGGGUGGAGGUCGUGGCGGGCGGCCGCGGGGAGGGCGACGGCUUGGAGCAACUGGCGGGGCCCGUGGCCCUGGCGCUGCAAGAGACGAAAGGCAAAUCGGCUGACACUGUGGCCAUAGUGGUGUGUGAGAUGGGAAAUCAACGCAUCACACAAUGGUGGCCGGGGCAGACUCGAUGCGAACUGCUGGUGGGUGGACCGGGCACAUGCCCCGAACUGGAAGGUCCUCAAGGAGUAGCCCUCGAUGAGGAUGGAAGCAUUUGGGUCACUGAAAAGAGUGGCAACCGCGUUACCCGAUGGAGGCCUGGCAACAGCCAUGGCGAGGUGAUGGCAGGGGGGAAAGGACGUGGAGACAACCUGGAUCAGCUGAAUGGGCCUUUGGGCAUUCUGCUGGUGAAAAAAAAUACCAGCGCUGGACGCGGAGCCGCGGAGCUGGACGUGGAAAAGGGCCUACUUCCAGAAUCUUCCAGAUAUGUUGGUGAAGAUUUUGUUUGCGUGAUCUAA